AUGGCAAACACAAGACAGUUAGAUGAUGAACAACCUUUUCUCUUCCCACUUACAAACUCCAAAGUGUUCCCUGACCCUUCAAAGUUCUUCUCUGAAAACCUUCUCUCUUCUCCUUUGCCUACAAAUUCAUUCUUCCAAAACUUCGUCCUCAACGAUGGCAAUAUACAAGAGUAUAUUCAUCCUUACCUCAUCAAACCCUCUGAUUCCUCUGUUUCUCUCUGCUACCUUUCUCACUAUGUGUCCUCUCAUUCCAUGCACCAAGUCUUCACACCUGAUCUCACUAUCUCUUCCUCAACAGGUUCUCAAUCCCGCCAUGUUAUAUCUUCCUUCAGCGAUCUCAGUGUCACUCUUGAGUUUCUUUCUUCCAAUCUCACUUUCUUCCUUGUUAGGGGAAGCCCUUAUGUUACUGUUUCUCUGUCUCAAUAUGGAUCUCUUUCUAUAACCUCCAUCCAUAGUAUCUCUUCUUUUUCUUCAAAUGGUUUACUCAAAUAUGUUCUUACUCUUGAAAAUGGUCAGAAAUGGCUUAUCUAUACUUUUUCACCAACCAAAUUUAGUUUCAGCCGUGACAUGGAAAUCACUUUCUCAAAUAAUUCUUCUGAUAGGGUUCCUCUGAUGCUUCGGAUAGCAGUGCUGUCAGAUUCAAGCUCAGAAAACGAGGCUGUUCUUGACAGGUAGUACAGCUCUUGUUACCCUCUUUCUGGAGAUGCUUUGUUCACUAAGCCAUAUUGUGUUGAAUACAAAUGGCAGAAGAAAGGGCUUGGUAAUUUGUUGAUGUUAGCUCACCCUCUCCAUCUUCAGCUUCUCUCUAAAGAUGAGGGUAAUGUGAGUGUUCUUAAACAUUUUAAGUAUAGAAGUAUUGAUGGUGACCUUGUUGGUGUUGUUGGACAUUCAUGGUUGUUGGAAGCAAAACACGUUCCUGUAACGUGGCACUCUACUAGAGGUGUCAAUCAAGACUCCUAUGAUGAAAUCAAACAUGCUCUUUGUAGAGAUGUUGCUGCUCUUUGUUCUUCAAAAAUAGCUACUACUUCAUCUUACUAUUAUGGCAAAUCGAUUGCAAGGGCAGCAAGGUUAGCAUUGAUAGCUGAGGAAGUUGGUUUUUGUGAUUUAAUUUCACUUGUUAAGAAAUUCUUGAAAGAAACCAUUCAGCCAUGGUUAGAUGGGACUUUUAAAAGGAAUGGAUUUUUCUAUGAAAAACAAUGGGGAGGGCUUAUUACACAAGAUGCUGAUUAUAAUGAAGAGGUAUUUGGAUAUUACAACAAUCAUAUUUCUCUUCUGGGAUACUUUGUGUAUGGAAUCGCAGUUCUUGCGAGGAUAGAUCCGAAUUGGGGUAACAAGUAUAGGUCAGAAGCAUAUUCAGUCAUGGAAGAUUUCAUGAACUUGGGAGGAAAAGAUUUGAAAUCUAAGUAUACACGUUUAAGAUGUUUUGAUCUGUUCAUGUUACACUCUUGGGAUUUAGGGCUCCAGGAUUGUGAUGAUGGAAGAAAUCAAUUGAGUAGUGGUGAAGCUGUGAAUGUAUAUUAUUCAGCAGCGUUGAUGGGUUUGGCAUAUAAUGACGCAAAUCUUGUUGCUAUUGGUUCAACUCUUGCAUCAUUGGAAAUUCAUGCUGCUAAAAUGUGGCGCCAUUUAAAGAUGGAUGAUAAAAAGUGUGAUGAUUUUACAAAGGAGAAUAGGCUAAUGGAGAUUCUGUGGUCUAGUAAGAGGUCAAGUGUAUAUAGGUUUUCUAAAGAGAUUAGACUUUCCCUUCAUUUUCUUCCAAUUCUGCCUAUUACCGAGUUCUUGUAUUCCAAUGUUGGUUUUGUGAAGGAGGUUGUGGAGUGGACUAUGCCUUGUUUGAAUAAGGAUGGUGUUGAGGAAAUAUGGAAGUGGUUGGUUUGUGAAAUGGAAGGAAUUUAUGAUAAUGAAGCUGCAUUGAAGAAGAUUAUGGAGUUGGACUUGCCAAGUUCACAUAAUUCACCAAUCUCAUUGAGCAACCUGUUAUGGUGGCUUCACAGCAGAAGAGGCCAUAGAGAUCAUCAUCAAGAUUCUUGUAAAUUUGCAAUUAAUGUUGGUUCUGUCAUUGUUCCUGUGGAUUCAAUGUUGAAAACUUAUUCAGUAAUGAUGCCUCGUGGAGAAAGAGAUUCCUAUGGUGAAUUUAUUUCAACCCUUUCAGAAGAUGUGAAGGGUCUUAUAUGGAGCAUGAUGGAGAUAAUGGCAAACACAACACAGUUAGAUGAUGAACAACCUUUUCACUUCCCACUUGCAAACUUCAAAGUACUCCCUGAUCCUCCAAAGUUCUUCUCUGAAAACCUUCUCUCUUCUCCUUUGCCUACACACUCAUUCUUCCAGAACUUCGUCCUCAACGAUGGCAACAUACAAGAGUAUAUUCAUCCUUACCUCAUCAAACCCUCUGAUUCCUCUCUUUCUCUCUGCUACCCUUCUCUCUCUGUCUCCUCUCUUUCCAUGCACCAAGUCUUCACUCCUGAUCUCACUAUCUCUUCCUCAACAGGUUUUCAUUCCAGCCAUGUUAUAUCUUCCUUCAGUGAUCUCAGUGUCACUCUGGAGUUUCCGUCUUCCAACCUCACUUUCUUCCUUGUGAGGGGAAGCCCUUAUGUUACUGUUUCUCUGUCUCAAUAUGGAUCUCUUUCUAUAACCUCUAUCCAUAGUAUCUCUUAUUUUUCUUCAAAUGGUUCACUAAAAUAUACUCUUACCCUUGACAAUGGUCAGAAAUGGCUUAUUUAUACUUCUUCACCAACCAAAUUUAGUUUCAGCCGUGACAUGGAUAUCGCUUUCUCCAAUAUUUCUAAUGAUGGGGUUCCUCUGAUGCUUCGGAUAGCAAUGCUGUCAGAUUCAAGCUCAGAAAACGAGGCUGUUCUUGACAGGUACAGCUCUUGUUACCCCCUUUCUGGAGAUGCUUUGUUCACUAAGGCAUAUUGCGUUGAAUACAAAUGGCAGAAGAAAGGGCUUGGUACUUUGUUGAUGUUAGCUCACCCUCUUCAUCUUCAGCUUUUGUCUAAAGAUGAGGGUAAUGUGACUGUUCUUAAACAUUUUAAGUAUCGAAGCAUUGAUGGGGACCUUGUCGGUGUUGUUGGAGAUUCAUGGUUGUUGGAAGCAGAACAUGUUCCUGUAACUUGGCACUCUACUAGAGGUGUCAAUAAAGACUCCUAUGAUGAAAUCAAACAAGCUCUUUGUAGAGAUGUUGGUGCUCUUUGUUCUUCAAAAAUAGCUACUCCUUCAUUUUACCAUUAUGGCAAAUCGAUUGCAAGGGCAGCAAGGUUUGCAUUGAUAGCUGAGGAAGUUGGUUUUCUUGACUUGAUUUCACUUGUUACGAAAUUCUUGAAAGAAACCAUUCAGCCAUGGUUAGAUGGGGCUUUUAAAGGGAAUAGAUUUUUGUAUGAAAAGCAAUGGGGAGGGCUUAUUACUAAACUAGGUUCUGAUGAUAUUGAAGAGGACUUUGAGUUUGGAUUUUACAACUAUCGUCAUUCUCUUCUGGGGUACUUUGUGUAUGGAAUCGCAGUCCUUGCGAAGAUCGAUCCGAAUUGGGGUAACAAGUAUAGGUCAGAAUCAUAUUCACUCAUGGAAGAUUUCAUGAACUUGGGAGGAAAAGAUUCAAAAUCUAAAUAUACACGUUUAAGGUGUUUUGAUCUGUUCAUGUUACACUCUUGGGAUUCAGGGCUAGACGAUAGUGCUGAUGGAAGAGAUCAAACGGAUAGUGGUGAAGCUGUGAAUGCAUAUUAUUCAGCAGCGUUGAUGGGUUUGGCAUAUGAUGAUGCAAAUCUUGUUGCUCUUGGUUCAACUCUUGUAUCGUUGGAAAUUCAUGCUGCUCAAAUGUGGCGCCAUUUAAAGAUGGAUGAUAGUAAAUGUAGUGAUGAGUUUACAAAGGAGAAUAGGUUAAUGGGGAUUCUAUGGUCUAACAAGAGGGAAAGUAGAACUUGGUUUGCUCCACCGGUUUCAAAAGAGCAUAGGCUUGGCAUUCAUGUUCUUCCAAUUCUGCCUAUUACGGAGUUCUUGUUUUCCAAUGUUGCUUUUGUGAAGGAGGUUGUGGAGUGGACUAUGCCUUGUUUGAAUAGGGAUGGUGUUGAAGAAAAAUGGAAGUGGUUGGUUUAUGCAAUGGAAGGAAUUUAUGAUAAUGAAGCUGCAUUGAAGAAGAUUAGGGAGUUGACAAGUUUUGAUGAUGAAGGGAACUCAUUGAGCAAUCUGUUAUGGUGGCUGCACAGCAGAAGAGGCCAUGGAGAUCAUCAUCAAGUUUCUUGUAUUUAAAACAAUGUUGGUCCUGUCAUUGUUCCUGUGGUUUCAAUGUUGAAAACUUAGUAUUACUAUGUUAUUAUUUCUUGAAUUGCACCCAUUAAUAGUUUAAGGACUUAGGUUAUUCAAAUUUAAUGAUCAAGUC